AUGGCUACGAGUGCAUUGCAUUUGAAGUUUGGCGGAGCACCUGCCGGUCCAGCCGGUACCGGUAAAACGGAAACCACCAAAGAUUUGGCCAAAGCUUUUGCCAUACAGUGCGUCGUAUUUAACUGUUCCGAUCAGCUGGAUUUUAUGGCGAUGGGGAAAUUCUUUAAGGGUUUAGCAAGCUCUGGCGCUUGGGCGUGUUUCGACGAAUUUAACCGAAUUGAUAUUGAAGUUUUGUCUGUAGUUGCCCAGCAAAUUACAACGAUUCAGAAGGCACAGCAAGCGAGACUGGACAGGAUAUUUGAUGGUAUAUCAAUAAUUAUUCUAAAACAAAUACAAGAUAAAAUAGCUCAACCAAUUGCAUACAUUACAAAUCUUUCAGUAAACUCUGGUUUGUAUCCUGAUUGCCUAAAGAUUGCUUCAGUUGUUCCUAUAUAUAAAAAAGGCUGCCAGGAUAGCAAAGAGAAUUACAGGCCGAUUUCAGUACUCUGUGCAUUAUCAAAAAUUAUCGAAAAAAUAAUAUACAAUAGAAUGGUAGAUUUUCUAAAUAAGUAUAACCUAAUAACUGACUCACAACACGGUUUCAGAAAAAACUUUUCAACUGAAACAGCAGCCAUUCAGCUUAUGCAGUUUGUUUUUGAUGAACUGGAUAAGGGUAAACAUGUUAUGGGUCUAUUUUAUGACCUUAGUAAGGCUUUUGACACAAUAAAUGCAAGCUUCCUUAUAGAAAAAUUAUCUAAAAUUGGAUUUAGAGGUAAAAUUUUGGAAUGGUUGCGAUCAUAUGUGUUAAAUAGGCAGUUUAAAGUUAAAGUUAACCAUUCCUUAUCUGAAAACUUUAAAAAUGAUCUAGGUGUUCCUCAGGGUUCGGUUCUAGGUCCUCUUUUAUUUUCAAUUUAUAUAAAUGACUUACCUAAAUUUAUUAUGGGUAAACUUACAAUGUAUGCCGAUGAUACAUCGGUUGUGGUAUCAGCACCGAAUCCUGAGAAACUUAAACAAUAUGUUGAUGAGGUUAACAACCGUUUUAAAAAAUGGUGCACCCGAAAUCGUCUUAUUUUAAAUUCUGAAAAAACUGAAUAUUUAUACUUCUCUCUCCGUUUAAGUGGAUUGAGUAACCUUAAUAACCUUAAUUUAAAAAUAUCGAAAAAGGUGAAAUUUUUGGGGCUAAUAGUGGAUGCUCAGAUAAACUGGGAUAACCAUAUAGAUAACCUUUGCCAAAAACUAAGCGCUUCAAACUUUGCCUUAAUGACACUAAACAACAGUCUAUCUUAUACAUCACUCUUAAAUGCCUAUUAUGGACUUUUUUACUCGCACAUAUCUUAUAAUAUAAUUUUUUGGGGAAAAGGAACAUCAGCAAAUAGAGUAUUUAUUAUGCAAAAGCGCGCAAUCCGAAUAAUGUUUAACCUACCUGCUUGGUCUGCUGAAAAUAUUGCAGCAGUUAGUGAAAGUGUUGAACAUAAUUCUUCCACCUCGAUUCGCCACCGUUCCCAGCAAUUGAGACUCUCUCGAAGCAGUUUACAGCGAAUUUUGGCCAAAGACCUGCAUUUUCAUGCACAGCAGACCAUGCACAGCAACGAAACCAUGAAAUUCUUGAGGACAAAAUGUGAAGGCAGAGUUAUCUCGCGCCGCGAGGAUGUGAUGUGGCCAGGCCGACCAUGCGAUUUGACGCCGUUAGAUUUCUUUCUUUGGGGAUUUUUGAAGGAAAAGGUUUAUGCUAAUAUCCCAAGAACAGUUCCAAAACUAAAACAUGAGAUUCGACGGGUCAUUGAUGAAAUUGAGCCUGCACUAUGCCAAAAUGUAAUCGAAACUUUUGUCAUAAGAAUCAACGUGUUUUCCUUCGAAGGCUGCGAAAUAGCCCUGAAGGAAUCCUGCGCCGUUUUCAUAACGAUGAACCCCGGCUACGCCGGACGUACCGAGCUCCCUGACAACUUGAAGGCGCUCUUCAGACCGGUGUCGAUGAUGGUGCCGAAUUACACGCUGAUCGCCGAAAUAUCGCUCUUUUCCUUCGGCUUCGGCAACGCGAAAAACAUGGCCAACAAGAUCACCACCACGUUCAAGCUCAGCAGCGAGCAGCUCAGCAGCCAGGAUCACUACGAUUUUGGUAUGAGAGCUGUAAAAACCGUCAUUGCAGUCGCUGGAAAUUUGAAGAGAGAACGCCCGAAUAUGGAUGAGAGACAGAUCGUUCUAAGAGCUCUAAGAGAUGUUAAUGUUCCCAAAUUUUUGAGAGACGAUUUGAAACUGUUUAACGGUAUUGUUUCCGAUCUAUUUCCCAGAAUGGUUGAAGAAGCAGUCGAUUACGGUAUUUUGGAAAAAUCUAUAAGAAAUUCUUGCACAGUUUUGGGAUUUGAGGAUGUUGACGCCGUGGCUUGUGAUUUCAAUAAUAUUGUAACAAGAAACGACAAAGGCGUAAAUAUUAAUUUUCUUUUGUUAAUUCUAGAUUAUGUUAAAAAAGUUAUUCAGCUGUACGAAACAACUGUUGUAAGACACGGACUUAUGUUGGUUGGCCCUACUGGUUCGGGCAAAACAAAGGCUGCUGUUGGUGAAUCGUUUGGGAAUGUUCUUGAUCAAUUGAUAGAAGCAAUGUCUGAAUGUUCCGCCUGCCAUCGCAUACAGCAAAAAAUUUAUGCUGAAAUUCGUGUAGUACAUCAGCAUCGUGAACUGCUGUAUGCACCACAGCCACUCUGCUGGUUUGUGAUUAAAAAUGUGCAUGUAAUCUAUGUAGAGACGAACGCAAUAACUAAAAAUAAAUAA